UUUGACAACACAGUCACGUGGUUAAUUCUCAUAAAUUUAACCUCUAGAAAGUUGGGACAUAUUUGCACUUGGGGAAACGCAUAUACGCACACGUUUAUCCAAGCAGCAGCGGGGACAGACACGCAUGUAAAGUUUCUCGGUCUCCCCUCACACAGAGAGUCAACCAUUGCUUUGAUGGAGUUGGUGUGAUGUAAAGGACGUACACAAUCCUUUAAAGCCUUAUUUGCACAUACCAGAAAACUCGGCACACCAAUACAUCUUUCACCAAAAGUUGAGAUGACUUCCACCACGACCCAGAGCACGACUAUGGCCAUGAACUCCGUGAUGACCAGCCACUCCUUAUCCACUGGUAUGGUGGGUCAUAACGGAGAACAAGAGUACUGCCCAGUCCUUGUAGCCAUCUACUCUGUUGUUCUGCUCAUCGGCACCAUCAGCCUGAGCUUUAUGAUGCACAUCUUAAAGUCCAGCACAACAUCCAUCACAUCCAUAGCUGUGCUCAACCUCAUCUUCACCCACUUCGUCUUUCUUCUCACUGUGCCCUUCAGGAUUUACUAUUUCGCAAACCUGAAGUGGGAACUGGGCCGUCCGUGGUGUAGGGUGGUGAGUGGCAUGAUCCACAUCCACAUGUACAUGUCUUUUAUCUUCUAUGUGAUCAUCCUCAUCACGCGCCUCAUGUCAUUCUACAACAAAGGCGGGCAGAUGGCCUCCAUCCAGAGGCUUCAUGCACUACUUGGUAGUGCUAUAUUGUGGAUAGUGGUACUAGUCAUGGUCCCUUGCAUAAUGUAUUAUUCUUAUGGCAAAAACCCUAACGAAGAAAGAAACAGCACACGUUGCUUCGACUUUGCCACAAGCAUAGUUAACCACAAUGGCGCCAUUGUGGUAAACUACAUCAUCAGCGUAUUUAUCAUAAUAGUGGCCAUUGUGCUGACAGCCCUCCAAGCCAAUGUCCUGCGGGUUUUAUACAGGAAGCAUCGGCAGGGAUGCACCUCACAGCAGGACUUUGGGGCUCAGCAGAAGAGCCUGUUCUUUGCUCUCAUCAUGGUGAUCUCCCUCAUUCCCUACCACUUGUUCCGGAUCUAUUACUUAAACAACUUAAAACAUCUGCAGAGUCUCAAUGAGGUGUUUCUGAGUCUGACCACCUUUAACUGCUUGGACACGCUCACCUUUUUGGGGAGGAGAACUUGUCUCAGAUGCUUCCCGAGACAGGCUAUUUGAACAUUGUGGGUGCGAGUUUCUGUGAUUAGGUCAAGAGAUCUAAUUUGCCUUUGCCUUUGUAGGUUUAUGUUAGAAAUGUGCUUUGAUGCAGCUCUAUAAAAAGGUUAUAACUGCAAAAAUUCAAAAGUUCACCUGUACAAUCAUUAAGAAAAAGAUGUAAAACAUAAUGAAAUAAUUAUUGUUAAAACAUGCCAAGUUAAAUGCGCAAAGGAGCUUACAGAGCUAAGUUGAACAGCAUCGGGAUAAAUGGUAUUAGAGGUUUCAGUUGCUUUUAAAGUUUCUUUGAGAUUGUGAAAGGUCAUUCUCGACUUUAGACAAAACAGUCUUUAUUCAUUGGAUAUUUAUCAGCCUGUGUUGGAGCUGUUGUUUUCAUCAUUUAUCGUAGUUCUAGUUAUCUUUAAAACCAAAGCUCCCAUCUAAACUCUGUCAGAUGUCUCAUGUUCUGCUUUAUCAAUCUUUUUAACUGUUAUGUUAUCUGUGAUUUAUGUAUGCUCUGAUAAAACUGUAUUAUACUGUGUUGUACUCUAUGAAAAUAUUGAAAGCUUUUGACAUGACUGUAAAAUGUCCUUUGCUUUUUCACUCAAAAUGAAUGAACUCUUGCCAUCUGCUGGUCCUUGUGUAAACUACACAGGAUUAAAACAUGGAAUUUGCUAUGUUAUAUUGUGGGACUGGCUUGAAGGUUCAGGCUAAUUUUUCAUUUGUAUGUGGCUGGAAAUGAAGAAAUAUAUUUAUGUAUAUAUUUAUUUCAUUGUAUUUGCUAACACUUAACCUCUGUGUACAUAGCUGAAGUGUUCAGCUCUCCAAAGCUGAGAAGGGAAAUAAAUGUCUAAAAUUGUUA